AUGGAUCUCCUCUUCCCGUACCCCAAGAUGGGCAACUCAUUUCUUGAGAUCCUCCAUGAUCCAUUGACACGGAAGCUGUUGGGUUUUGACGCAACCCAUGCAGAGAAAACUCCUUUCCUUAGCGGGGUCAGCUCCAGACUGAAAUUCCUGCUGAGCGAUACCUCCAAGCACCUCGCUUUCCUCAAGGUCGGCUACACAGCACUGGAAGCCUUCUUGCAAGCCAACUGCACUGGCCCGCCGCUCGACUUCGACCCCAAUGAGUCCAUUUUUCCAGAAACAUACCGCGGUUCAGACUUGCCUACCGUCAAGCGACAGAUGCUAGCUGAUCUCUCGGUCGAUGGCAACGCCGUCUACCAGCUGACACCGCACAUCGAGCUCUUUUGGUUGGCGAAGCUCAUCAUGUCUAGCCCAACUCUAGCAGAGCCGGGUUUCAACGGCCGAAGAGCCAGGUUUCGCGUCAACAGUUGGCACCAGAAGCUACUCAGCGAAAAGUCAGAAGCUCUGCAGGAGAUUAUCUACGCCGACGCCGAUAUCUUGGAGCAACAGCUGCAUUCACGACUGCAGUUCGGUGGCGCUGCAGCCGAAGAGCAUUUUGUCGAGUUUCUGAUUGAGCGAGCUCAGUUGAAGAUCUUCUAUGGAGAUGACGACAAGGCCCGUGAAGAUCUCACGCGAGCUUCCACAAUCAGACAUUUCUAUUUUGCCCUUACUGGGGCAUUGGGCAAGCGGACCAAGUUUCAGCGAAACGACCUAAGUCAACUCGUCGUGCUCGCCAAGAGCCGCGACCACGAGCCCGAGCCGUACAGCAGUCGGAAAGGAAGUCGUGCAGAACCUUCAUCGAGGAGGAGCAGCAGAGUUGACACCAUGCGAACGCCACCUCACAGUCCCGGUAUGCCAUCAGAAGGAGCUCCCGUAGCCCUGCGACCACUUACACCAUCGGCGCCCUCCUCGCCCACACAAGAGCGCAAGGAGCCUCCUCUUGCUGCUGCACCCGUACAGCCAGAGAAUCUUCCCCUCAACGAUGACACCCUCCUUGAGCGCAUCAAAUUCAAAGAGCAACCUGCAUUUGAGCCAGAAGUUACACAAAUCUCAGAGGAAUCCAGUCUGCCUGCACGCCUUUCAGAGCUCGAUCCCUCGAACCAACCUCUCCUGUUCCCUGUUGACAGUAUAAUACUUCUUGCUAUUGCCUCUAGUAUCACCAACACCUCACCCAGCGACGGCCUUACCAGAGAAGAGACACUCCCUUACGCCACCCGCGUCCUCGAAGGCGGCUCCUCUAACUGGCAAGUCUAUACGCAAGCAUUGCUCGUCCGCUCACGCAUAGAAGGCUUCAAAUCCCGCACCGUUGAGCGCGGCCUUCUCCAGCUGCAGGCUCUCGUUGACCAAGUCAUCGCCGAGACCACAUCAUCACCAAACAAGCCCACUGCUGAAGCCGACACCUCUUCUUCGGCGACCUCCACGUUCCUCCCCAAACCCCAAGACUCGGACUCUGCGACUGUAGCCGAGCGCCUCAAAUAUGCCUACCAGCUCUCGCCUCCGCUUCGCUGGGAACUUGAGACGGAGCUGGCGGAACGAUGGACCUCCAUGGGUGGCCUCAAGACCGCCCUCGAAAUCUAUCAGCGUCUACAGAAGCACGCGGAAACAGCCCUCUGUCUGGCCGCUACCGACCGCGAAAAGGAGGCCACCUCACUGCUCCAGUCUCUUGUCUUUGUCGACCCUACUGCACCACCAACCAUUCCAAACAUCAAGCCUGAUGCUCCUUCGGACACUCCCCGGCUGCUCUGUAUCCUCGGCGACAUACUCACGGAUCCCGCUUACUAUCAACUGGCCUGGAGCUACUCGCGGCAGACCUAUUCCCGUGCCCAACGCUCCCUUGGGCAAUACUACAUGAAAGCUCGCGACUUCACUCGCGCUGCAGAGGCGUACAAGCUUGCGCUCUCCCGCGGACAGCUUAACCACGCCACCUGGUUCAGUUUGGGGUGCGUCCAGCUUGAACUCACUGACUUUGAAGGCGCCAGCCAGUCCUUCCAGCGGUGCGUCAUGCUGGAUGACUCUGACGCGCAAGCAUGGAGUAACCUUGCAGUGUCGCUGCUGCGAUUGCCUGAGCCCGAUGAGGACACUGCGGCUACACCGCGUGCUUCGGACGCGGGCCGGCCGCCGCCACCGGAUGACGACCCUGCCAACUUUGCUGGACCGCCGGACUUGCAUCGCAACAAGAAGAUGGCACUCAAGGCACUGCGACGGGCGGCGACGCUGAAGAGGGACGAUGCAAGAAUCUGGGACAACUACUUAACUGUGGCGGCCAGUAUCCCGCCCAGUGGUGGGACUCCAUGGGCGGAGGUCGUGCAGGCCAUGGGCAGGGUCAUCGACCUCAGGGGCAAGAAGGAGGGCGAAGGAUCCAUUGACCUAAAGAUUUUAUCGGUGGUCGUGAGCUACGUCACUGGCACCUUCACGUAUCCGUCAGCGGAAGAACAGGAUCAAGAGGCGGUGGAAGAGGCAGCCGCGGGACCGAGCGAAGAAGUGGCGCCACCAACAUCGAGUGGGCUGCCUUUCAUUGCGCGAGCACUACUGCAGUUGUUGGACAAACAGGUGUGCCCGUUGGUGACCAACAGUCCAGAGCUGUACCUUUUGCUCGCGAAAGUGGCCCUCUGGAGGCGAAGGCCAGCUGAGGCACUGUCGCUCAACGAAAAAGCGUGGCGGGCCGUGACUGCUCGGCCGAAUGCAUAUGAAUCGGAGAAAAGCUGGAAGGAGAUUGUAGAAGCCACGGUGCGGGUGGUGAGUGCGUACCAGGAGCUCGGUGGGAUGGAGAGGGAGCGGACGGGUGGCAAGGUGGAGGAGAAGUGGCAGUUCAAGGCGAAGACGGCGGUCAGAGGGGUGAUGGGUCGAGGAAAAGAGACGUGGGAAGGGACAGAGGGUUGGGAGCGCUUGCAGGAGAUAUUGGCUGAAUUGACAUCGUGA